UGCUGCGUCACUAUCUCAAAAGGGGCGACCUAUAGCUUUUUUUUCUAGAACACUUUCAGAUUCAGAGCAACGCCAAUCUUCAAUCGAAAAAGAAGCAUGCGCUAUUGUAGAGAGUCUUCGCAAAUGGCGUCAUUAUUUAAUUGGUAAACAUUUUUUACUUUUAACAGACCAACGCUCUGUUGCAUUUAUGUUUAACCAAAAUCAUAUCAGUAAAAUAAAAAAUGAGAAGCUUGAACGGUGGCGUCUCGAAUUAUCUUGUUUUAAAUAUGACAUAAUUUAUCGUCCGGGUAAAGAAAACACAGUUGCUGAUGCUUUAUCAAGAGUGUGUGCUCAUAUGAAUGUCGAUAAAUUACGUGAACUGCAUAAUUCCCUCUGUCACCCUGGCAUUGUAAGAAUGAUGCAUUGGGUUCGCAUGAAAAACUUACCGUAUUCGGUGAAUGAUAUAAAAUCUCUCAUACAGUCUUGCCAAAUAUGUGCAGAAAUUAAACCUCGGUUUAUGAAAUCUAAAGGUCAAUUAAUAAAAGCUACAGCACCUUUUGAGCGAUUAAACAUUGACUUUAAAGGACCUUUACCAUCGAAUACUCCAAAUAAAUAUUUAUUAACAAUAAUCGACGAAUACAGUAGAUUUCCUUUUGCAUAUGCCUGUAAGGAAAUAACAACUGCAACUGUUAUAAGAUGUUUAAAAGAUUUAUUUUACACUUUUGGAACACCGCUUUAUAUUCAUAGUGAUAGAGGAUCUGCUUUUAUUUCUAAAGAGUUUACAGAAUUUCUAAGUUCCUUGGGGAUUGCAUGUAGCAGAACAACGCCUUAUAAUCCACGUGGAAAUGGUCAAGUCGAGCGUCUCAACGGCACUUUGUGGAAAACAAUACAACUUGCUCUUCGUACAAGAGAAAUGCCAAUUGAAAGCUGGGAGCAAUGUCUGCCAAUAUCCUUACAUGCAAUUCGCUCACUUCUUUGUAUACCAAUUAAUACAACUCCACACGAACGACUAUUUAAUCAUCCUCGUAGAUCACCUCAUGGAGAAUCGUUACCCUCUUGGUUAAUUCCUGGACCUGUGCUAAUGAAAAAAAAUAUACGCAAUAAAAACGAUCCAUAUGUUGAAGAAGUUGAACUAUUACAAAGUAACCCCUAUUACUCUUUUGUGAAACAUAAAAAUGGGCGGGAAUCAACAGUUUCAAAUCGGAACUUAGCUCCACUUCCCACUCCAAUAGAACACUACAUAGAUAAAAAUUUAGAAGAACAAUUAAAUAAUUCAACUACAAAAAGACAGCAAGAACAAGAAGAUAUCGUAGAUGUUUUCUAUGACUCAGAAGACCGAAAUAUAAAUGCGGAGCAUAUUGAUGUUCAGGACAUACAAUCUGUGACACCGAGUACGUCUGAGGAUCAACAUCUUAGGCGAUCCGAAAGGACAAGACGAACUCCAUAUUAUUUAAAAGAUUAUAGUUGCGUGUUAGAAAAUGUUAGAGGGGGUGAAUGA